AUGGGGCCUCGCCGUAAUGCUCCCUUCAGUGGGCAUCUUUCGUUACCAAAACCUUUCGAUAUCUUUUUUAUUGUAAAGCGUGUUUCAACGGAAAAAGAAACUUUUCACUCUGUAUCACCUUUUUUGGUCGAAAAAUCUCUAACUGGAAACAUUGGAGAGGUGGCAUCCGUUCGAAAGCUCCGAUCGGGUGACCUACUUGUUGAAGUGUCGUCGCGACAGCAAUCCCACAAAAUUCUAAAGCUGAAAUCUUUUGGACCGAUACCUGUUACUAUUACUCCCCAUGGUUCUAUGAAUUCCUCGAGGGGUGUUAUUACCUGCGGGGAAUUGUUUAAUGUUCCUUUGGAGGAGAUUACUGAGAAAUUACAAAAUCAAGGAGUGACGCAUGUCCGCCGCAUUGCUAUCCGGCGAGAUGGACAGUUACAAAAUACUAAACAUCUUAUUUUAACUUUUCAUUCUCCAAAAUUGCGAGAUUCAAUAAAGGCCGGCUAUAUGAAAUUGCCUGUAAGGCCUUAUAUACCUAACCCUUUAAGAUGCUUCAAGUGCCAGCGUUUUGGCCAUUCAAAGACUAACUGCCGAGAACAUACUUCUUUCUCCCGUGAUUGCCCUGCUUGGAAAUUAGAAAAAGAAAUAGUCACAGUGAAGGUCAAAGAGCAGGUAUCAUUCCCUGAAGCUCGACGAAUUGUGAGAGCUAGAACACCUGCAUAUGGAACCAGCUAUGCUUCUGCGGUUAAGGGGCAGCUAAAAACUGUGGGAAUUCAAUACGAUACAAAAGAUUUUAAACAGGGCUCUGGAUCCGAUGUUCCAGUUGCAAUUGUAGAUACCGAAUCCGAUCAUAACCCUGAUUUUGUUCCAAUAUCAACCAAACGCAAUAGAAAGAAACUCAGGUCUACUUCUCAAAAAUCUUUAUUACUUAAGCUUUCAAAGAAAAAUAAAUCUAAAACAGAUGUGAAAAAGUUGCCUUCGUUCACAGUAAAGAAUUCUGUCGCUUUGGGGCUAGCGACUGAGGGCUUAGUUCAGAAGGACCUACCGUCCUUAUUUGGCAUGCCCAAUAGUCCUGAUCAUAUUUCACUCCAUCCGUCAGAAGAGGAGGAGGAUUUUUCUAUGAGUUGCGGUCCUUCGCAUGCUCAAAACAGUGUUUUUAAAGACAAACCUCCCAUUCCACUUUCUUAA